AUGGCGGACGCUGCCCCCUCGCGCGCGUCGACCCAGACCGCCCCGCGCCUGCGGCGGGACCAGGCGUCGAAGCACGCCCACGUGCGGCACCGGGCGAACCUCGAGGUCGGCCUCGGGCGCAUGCUCGCCGUCGCGGAGAUGCAGCUGCGCGCGACGGCGGCGACGAACGACGACCUCGGCGACGCCCUCGCCGAGGACCGGCGGCGGCUCCUGGACGCGGCCCUGUGCGCCCUCGCCGAGGCGCGGGCCCUCGGCGAGCCGUCGGAGGCGGCGAAGCGGCGGCGGCGGGGCGCGGCGCCGCCGUGGUUCCAGGGCGACGUGCUCCGGCUCGCGCUGUCCUUCGCCGCGCGCGACGGCGCGGCUUUAGGCGCCAUCGCCGCCGUGUCCAAGGCCGCGGCGGCGGCGUCCGCCGGCGCCUGGGCGGACCUCGUGCGCCGCGAGGCGCCGAGCGUCCACGCGGUGCUGGGGAGCGCGCCCGCGCGGCGGCUCCGCCGCGUCUACUUCAAGAACCUGCGCUACGGCCCCGCGACGCCGCCGCGGCCGCGGCGGGUCCACGGCUGCGUCGAGUUCAUCGUCGACGGCGUCGUCCGCGCGUCGUCCGUGGCGGCCUUCGGCGACGCGGGCUCGCGGGGCUGCUCCGUGCACGUCUUCGCGCCGCCCGUGCCCUUCAAGACCAAGGCGGACCGCGUCGGCGGCAACGUCACCUACGACGGCUUCCACCAGCCCGUCGUCAUCCAGGACUUCGAGGUCCGCGCGCUCGCCGUCGCGGACCGCUACGCGUGCUCCUGGACGGGCCACAGCGACGAGCGGCGCGAGUGGCAGCAGAUCCACGCCGUCGACGACCGCGACGAGCCGCGCGACGAGCCCUACUUCGACUCCAUGCUCGCCGUGCUCGAGACGCGCGUGCCCGUCGACAAGGACUGCUCCGUCUGCGCCAUCUACCGGUCGCUGUUCGGACGGGCAUUGGCGACUGUCGCUCUCGAGGCGAACAUGAGCGACGACGACGGCGAGAGCACGCGGCCCGACGGCGAGAGCACGCCGUCGAGCCCGCGGCCCGCGCGGGCGCGCCAGCCGUCGACGCUGCUGCGCGGCUUCUUCCGGGACGUCGACCUCCGGCGCGUCGACUGGCAGCAGCGCCAGUUCGAGGCCAAGGCGGCCGGCGGCCGCAAGCGGCCGCGGCCCGGCGGCGGCCGCGGCCGCAAGAGCAAGCAAGAGCACCGCGCGCCCCCGGCGGAGACGCCGCCCGCGACGGAGCUGCCCGCGGCGCUCUUCGCGGCGCGGCCCGAGCGGCCGCCGACGGGCAAGCAGAAGAAGCCCGCGCACGGCCGCGUCGUCGAGCGCGGCGCCGGCGCGCUCCGCGCGCGCGCCGCGCGCUGCGCGCGCGUCCUGCCCGAGCUCGGCGAGUGGCUCUUCGGCGACGAGGCCCAGGCGUCGGCGCGCGCGCGGGACUUCGACGAGCUCGCGCGGCUGUUGGGCGAGGCGGAG